UUGGGGGGGAAGUGAGAAGGCCCUGGUGCUGGGCUACAGAGGAGGGCAGGGAUGGAUGUGGGCCCUGGAAGCAGCCCUAUCCCCCAGGCCCCGGCCUUUCCACUUCCCCUCCUCCAAGCAGGGGUCUGGGCAGGGCUUGACUUCUCUGAUGUCCCCCAGGUGCCUCUCUAGAAACCAUGGCGAAGUACAAGCAGCGCCAGCGCAAGCUGCGAGCCCGGGCCAAGCUGCAUGAGGAGCGGAGGAGGAGGAGGAGCACGGCCGCGCUGCUCCCGUGCCCCGCUGCCCCCGCUCCCAGGUCAGUGGAUGGUCCUCUUCCCAACACGCCGUGCAGCCAAAGUCACCGCUUCUCGGUCUGGAAUGUGUACUUGCCCACUGUGAAGAAUGCAGUAAAGCCCUUAGUGAUGACGAUGUCAUCAAUCUGCUCAUGGUGCCAGAACAGUAUUGCACAGAGUUUUGAAGUCAUCAAAGACACCAUAUUCCCAUCCCGCUUAUAUCUACGAGAGCUGAAUGCGCUUAGGAAAGAAAUGCAAAAGCUGGAAACUGAAUUUUCCAGACUACAAGGAAUGCUCCAGAUGAGCGGGACAGUGGUUCGUUCCUCAGAAAACUCUCCAUGCCAAAGAUGUAAUAAACCAUUAAUACAUGCUCCUGUAUGUGCAUGUAUCAGCCUUCCAGAGCUGGUAUCUGGGUCUCCUACAGCAGUGCUACAACCUGCAGCUGCUCUUCCUCCACCACCACCACCACCACCACUGCCCCCGCCACGCCCCCCUCCAGCACCUCUACUUCUCAAAAGGGUCAAUGGCAAUAAAACCCCUCUGGCCAUAUCAGUAAAAAAAGAUGGUCCCAUACAAAUUACAAUGAAGGAUCUCCUGAAUGUAAAACUAAAGAAGACCCAACCCUGCACAAGACCAGACAAGGGGGGAUCACCAGUGAAGAUACGCAGGGCAUUAAUUACGGUUUCAGACUUACAAAGCAUUAAUCUGAGACCUAAAUCCAACCAACCACCAGCUCGAAUUACAAACCUCUUAAUCACUCCCGGCAAAAAUCAAUUAGACCUUCGAAAACAUCUAAAAAGAGUCAAUAUAAAGAGAAGUCCUGGUGGAACUCCAUUAAACAACAAAGAGAACAUGGCGACUGGCACAGGAUUGACACCCAUAAUGACUCAAGCACUGAAGCGCAAAUUUCAGAUGGCUCACCCCAAGAGUCCCUCUCCAGCUCCAUUACACACUGCAAGCAGCUUUGAUGAGCAGAACUAGAUGGGUGGCUGAUAUUUUUAUGACAAUUUGAGGGUCAAAUACCACUUGUUUGACUUGUCAGAAAUCCACGUGUUGAAGGUAUCAUGUUUGUUUUAAGCAAGUAUAGUACACAUGAGAUGUGUUAUUUCAUAAUGUUCUUCUCACAGAAAAAUGCAGCCUUCCUUGUGACAGCUUCAUUAUGCCUCAAACUUUACCCGCCAGGACUUAUGCUGAGGGUGAGAGAGGAGUGAGGUCUCUCCUUGGUCCUUUCAGAUCUUUGACUUCUCCCUUAAGAAAAGGAGCAGUUAAUGCUGCUUACAAGCUGUGUCUACGUGAGAUGCUGACU